AUGAUUGCAAUCACUGCCCUCAAUCUCCUAUUGGCCGUGGUGGUAUCCGCCCUGCCAUCAACUUUGUCAUGUGACGUUAGUUCUUCAAACGCGACCGUGAGCUCUCGCGAGGGCAUGACAUCUUUGGUCAACCAGAUCCUGGACUCCAUGGUAGCUCACGAUCCUUAUAGCCUUCCGUUGGCUGGAGUCUACUAUGCGACUGAGAACUCCCAUCCUGCAGCACUUGGCAUGAUGACAGCAUGGCGCACCAUCACCAAGGCAGGCGAGCCAAGCCUGUUGGCCAUUGAUACUACGAAUGGCACUGCGUACUUUGCCUUGGAUGUGAGCGAGGGCAACGAUGAGGUCCAAUCAAUUCUCCGGGGGCGCAUCAAGGUGGUAGAUGAGGAGCUCACCGAGCUUGAGCUCUUCAUUAACCGCAAUCGUGGCGAUCACGGAUUUUCAUAUUCAGCCACGGAGCUUCCCUCCAACUACGCCGUCUUGAUGUCGCCACCGGCCAAUCGCACCAAGGCCAGCCGGGAAACGCUGUGGCAGCUGAGUGAAGCGCUCUUUGCCACGUCUAGCAACUUUACAGUUGACCUCGGAGCCGACUGCCAGUUCACGGAGCUGGGCUGGAAGGUUGUUGAUACUGGACUCUACGGAAACGGCUCAACCGACCCGCUGGGCUGCGCCUGGCCUGACGAACAUCCUACCGACUCCAAUGCGCGCGUAGCUCUAGUCGUUGACGAGGAAUUGGGCUUUGUGGUGACCAGCGGCAUCAUCCCGGGAAUAGUCUACCCGUACUAUGGCAACACUUCGGCGUUCAUCCCCAACACGAUGACCGCGGCACAAGAGGCGCAAGAGGCCUGGUACGAAGAGUCAAAGGCCAGCGGGGGGUUGCCAUUGCUGGCACCAACUGGAGCCACGGGCGAAACUCUUGAAGUGCUCCAAUACUACAAUGGUGAGCUGCAGGCCAUGCAGAUUAAUGUGUAUCUGAGUGGUCCCGGGAUGACUUCUCCGUGGCUGUAG